AAGAUGAGGUAGAAUCAGGUAAUGAUGGAUAUUCAGAAGAUGAAGUUUCAGAAAGUGAAGUUUCAGAAAGUGAAGUUUCAGAAAGUGAAGUUUCAAAAGGUGAAGUUUCAAAAGGUGAAGUUUCAAAAGAUGGAGGUUCAAAAAAGAUUAUUCAUCCAUCAGGUAUUUGA